UGUGCGCAGCGGGAGCCCAGCGUGGACCUGCUGGAGGCCUUCACCGAGCACUGGAAGGGCAUCACCGGCUACUACCUGGAGGCCACGGACGAGAGCACCCCGGCCAAGCAGACCAACAUCCCGUGGCGCCUCAAGCAGAUGCUGGACAUCCUGGUGUACGAGGAGAAGCAGCAGCCGGCGGGGGAGGCCGGGCCGUGCUUGGAAUACCUGCUACAGCACAAGCUCCUGGAGACCCUCAGCACGCUGGGCAAAGCGGAGUACCCGCCCGGGAUGCGGCAGCAGGUCCUCCUCUUCUUCAGCAGGGUGCUGGGCCAGGUGCAGCAUCCCCUGCUGCACUACCGGAACGUGCACCGGCCCGUGCAGAGUCUGCUGCAGCUCGGCCAGGCGCUGGGCUCGGCCGCGCACAAGGAGGAGGUGCAGUUCGCCGCCGUGCUCUGCGCCAAGAUCCGCCACGAGCCGGCCCUGCUGCCCUACGUGCUGGAGGGCAAGAGUCUCCUGAGGGGGAAGACGCCGACGGAGGAGCCCGCCCGUGCUGGAGAGCAGGGAGAGCAUCCGCAUGGAGCUGCGGCCGAGGACGCCGGGUGCGUGCCGGCACCGGAGCCUUCCUUGCCGCGCCGUGAGCACAACCUCAUCACCUGCCUCGUGGGGCUCUGCAAGAGCCAGAAGAGCCGCGUGGCGCUGAAAGCCCGGGAAAACCUGCUCUCCCUCGUGGCACUGGCCCAGGAGGCGCCCGCCGCGCGCCUGGUGCAGCACAGCGCCCUGUGCCCGCUGCUGACGGAGCAUCUGUGCGUCAUUGGGGACCUCAUGCAGCGGAUCCAGCGCGUGCCGCAGUUCAGGGCCAAGCUGCUGCUGGUCCGACGGCAGCUCAUGGGGCUGGUGCCCGGAGAGCACUCCGCCGGCGGGGCUGCCGCCGGGCACAUCGUGCGGCGACUCCGCGGCGCCGCAGCCCUGGCACUGCCCCCGGGCACGGCAGGGCCUUUGGGGCCGUUGGCCGCGCGGGGUGAGUCGCAGAGGGCUAAGGGCGAAGCUUCCCACGGGGGAUCCGGGCCCCGGUCCGGCCCGGCCGGCGUGUGCGGUGCGGUGUGUGCUCGGUGA